GUAGAAGGCCUCAGUGUGACUUGUGCAAGGACAGAUAGAUAUCAUAGUUGAAAUGUCCUGCAGGAAAACACAGAGAGCACUUUCAGACUGGAUGAUUAAUCCAUCUGCAGCAGUAAUGUAAGACAUCAAGUAUGGAUGAUCUGGAUCACAGUAUUCACAUUGCAGAGAAUGACUGGAGCAGCUUCUAUGAUGACAGCGAGGAAUGUAAUCUACUGCAGGCUUCUCUUGCCUACCCUGAUGACUCUGAUCUCAGCGACUCAGAGGAUUCAGGAAACUUCCACACAGGCCAGCAGAACACUAACAAGAGUUCAAAUAGUCACGAAGCUGAGGAAAGCUACACAGAUGGCACUCAUCUACCACCACAGCCUAUUCAGUGUGAUGCAACGUCCUUGAAACCGGUGGAACUAUGUGUCGGCUGUCCAGAAAGAAAUGCAAUCUCCAUAGAGUCUGCACACAAAGAUAUUGCACAAGAAAUUCUGCACGAGAUGAAUGACAGCAGCACAAACAUGCUAGAAAAGAAUCCUCAGAUCACUUGCAAUUCAGAAGAGAUGCUGUCAAAAGAUGGAGCUGUGCAAAUGACGAGUAACUUCAAAGCCACAAAGACACCUGACCUGCUUUCCCAAAAAGAAUCAGUGCAGAGCAUGAGCAAGCCAGACCCCACAGGCAGAGCAGAGAAAGAGCGCUGGUUCGUGACAGUGAAUGACAAUAUGGCACGUCGGCGAGGGCGUUCCAUCUCUGAGAAAAAAAAACUCAAACAAAAAAGACAUGGUGAGAGAAGAUAUGUUCACAAAGCAGAUCGCAAACUAGAGCAAAAACAAUCAAGAUAUUUUCAGCUAAACAAAAAUAAGGAAUCUGAAGAUUCAGACAAAUCCUAUGACAGCUUCUCAUCCUUAGGGAGUUCACAACUUCAAGAUGGUGCUGAACUCUCCUCCACUGGCAGCUGGGAUUCUGAGACCUAUUUGUCAGCUGCCGAAUCUGUUGAAGAAGAUGCGCAUCCUCUUCAAGAAGGUCUCAGUACACACCUUCCUUUGCAAUGUGCAUUAAGCCCAACAUGUGACAACCUGGACUUCUGCCAGACUCUCUCCUAUAAUGCACCAAACUGCAGAGAUGAUAUUACUCCUGAAAGCCUUUCCACUUCUUCAUGUGCAGAAAUGCCAGAUGGAAACUUCAUAUCUGGAAAUGACACAUGUUCUGAUACCCCCCCACUGGCUUUAGCAUCUGCUGACUCUAAAGAAGAUUAUCUCAGCCAUCUACCUGCUCACGAUUUAACUCGCACACCUAGCUGUACACCAGAAACAUUUGCCAAAGCUACAGGUCAGGCUCAGCCAGUAUAUGCCAUCUCUGCAUUCUGGGAUGAAGUGGAAAAGCUGACGAUAAACGAUAUUUUGCAGAUAAGGAUGGGCAGAAACUCUGGAAUUAAGGAAGAAUCAGUAAUGCCAAGCACAUGCGGACAACCUGCAAACCCUGGUCAACUAAUUGAAAAUCUUGACCCAAUAAUUGACACAUCUGACACUGCAGACUCAGACUACUUCACACAGCCAGAUGAAUCCAAGCCAGAUCGAUCAGUCUUGGAGUUUUCAGCCUCAGAUUUUGAGGAAGGGUCCUGGCAGUUUGUGAAUGGAAGUAGAAACUCCACUCCUGAUUUUAGGAACAAAACCCAACAAAUUGACUCUUCUGGCUUGUUAUAUGAGGAAGACAACACAGAUUCAGAAGGAAGAGAAACUCCUGCUGUUCUAGACCAAAGAUUGGACUGUCAGGACUAUCAAGGUUUGAUCUCAUGGCCAAAAAGGAUGACAAAAAGCAGAAGUUUGUACAACAUACAAACUCUCAACACAGAAGACCUACCCCUGCUACCUUCCAAUAGUAUUGAUAAAAGUGAUUUUUCUCUUGACAGACCUCAGAUUGUGAAUGCUUUAUUACCCCACACAGACCCACGGGAUUACAGGACAUCCUUCCCAGAGAUCUUUGAAUACUUUUUUACAAAACAUGACACACAAUCACAGAUUCUCCUUGUUGAUGUUCUCCAGGAGAUGUUCGUGUCUCCCGUCUUUCACUCGCCUCUUUGUAUAUUCAGAGAAGAUCCACUCCAGUGUAACAUAGAAAAAAUAAUCCCAAUCUUCUCUUGCUCUCGUCCUACCGUCCGAGACCUCACAUUCCAAAAUACGCAUGUUUUUCUGAGCACAGACUAUGAGGAGGAGAACAAGGCCUCUCCGAUGAGACUUCUGUCUCAUUCAUUUAUUCAGGCCAAUCCACACAGAGCCUCAGGAGCAGCAGGUGCAGGUGGAUCUCCCUGCUGGAAAAGCUUUCUGUCUUUCAGGAAAAUUCGCUUCCCAGACAAAGGCAGCAUCUGCUGCAGUGAGUCAGGUGCAUGGACCUUUCCUCUUCAAACCAAGGAGAUCCAGAUCGGCAGUCAGAACCAAGUGGUUACCUUGCUCAGUGAUGAAAAAGUCUGUCUGGACUCUUCUCCGGAGUUCAGGGAACUGAAAGAGGAACAGAUGAUUACAGAAACAUCUUAUUGGAUGACAAAACGAGGAGGCAUCUUCUCCAGAGUGAAGCAGUCAGAUUUGUGUUUAGUCUGCAUUGCUUUUGCCUCAUGGGUAAUGAGAUCCUCCAAUCCAAAGGAAGCAGAUGCCUGGAAAGCAGCUCUUCUGGCGAAUGUGAGUGCUCUCUCAGCAAUCCAGUACCUGCGGCAGUACAUGCAAAGGAAGAACCUUUCCAUAGAUGACAUUUGACUCAAACACAAAGAAGACACAAUACCAAACAUCCUCACUGUGGGUCCACAAAAA